AUUUUUAUAAAAGCGAACCUUGCGACUUGAGCGUAGUUAGUAUUUUGAGCUUAUUCAGUAAAUAACUUAUACACAUAAAACCUACGGGCACUACUGAAUACUGAAAUGGGGAAAAAAGUUUGCCUUAUUUUACUUUUUACUUUUUUGAGCCUCGUCACGAAGGCAGCAGCUCGUCCACAGGGAUCAGAUUCUACUUGUGGCCCAAAUGCAAAUUUCACAAAUUGCGGCACUGCUUGUCCAUCUAAAUGUAGCGACAAUCCACUGUUGGGAACAAUUUGUACUGAUCAAUGCGUAGUUGGCUGUCAGUGUAAAGAUGGAUAUGUGCUGAACGAUGCUGGAAAAUGUGUACAGAGGAGUGAAUGUUGAUUAAAGCUCCCUUUAUAUGUUUGAGUGUCUCUGUUCUUAAAUAGUCUCUUGUAAAUUGUAGCUUUUGGCACGCAAUUAUUUGUAAACCAAAAUAAAAAGGUAAAAUUUGCAGGAGCAAGGAAAAUUUAAAUAAAAUAAUGGCUUAAGUCCUGGGCUGUACAAACUAC